AUGGCGCAUACGCAGCCCGAGCCUAAAAAGCCGAAAGUGCAAGAAAACCGAGGCAUCUACAUCACCAAUCUCCCCCUCGAUACGACGGUCGACGAGAUUGACGCCGAGUUCUCCAAGUAUGGCCUGAUCGACCUCUCGCACGACGGCUCGAAGCGGAUCAAGAUGUACACGGAUGAGGACGGGAACUUCAAGGGAGAGGCGCUUGUCGUCUACUACAAGAAGGACUCCGUAGGCAUGGCAAUCAACAUGAUGGACGAUUCGUGGUUCCGUCCCGGACAAGGACCUAACAUCCGCGUCCAAGAGGCGGACAUGUCCUACAAGAAGACCCACGAUCUCGAGGAAACCAAGAAGACUCUUACCCGUGAACAAAGGAGGGCCCAGGGAGUCAAUCGUGCCGAGCUGAGCCGCAAACUCGCCGAAUGGUCCGAUGAAGAAGACGAAGUCGCCAAAGAGACGUUUGCUCCCAAGAAUCAGUGGGCCAAGAUCGCCAUCGUCAAGCACGCCUUCACUUUGGAGGAGCUCGAGAAGGACAAGGACGCUCGAGCCGACAUCCAGGCGGACAUGCGCGAGGAGGGCGAGAAGCACGGCAAAGUCACCAACGUUGUCAUCUACGACCUGGAGCCCGAGGGCAUCCUCACCGUCCGUUUUGAAGAUGCGGACUCGGCGGAGAGCUUCAUCAAGGCAUGCAACGGUCGCAGCUUCGAUGGAAGGAAGCUGGUCGUCACAGCUGCGCAGAGCAAUCCGAAGGGCAAGUUCAAGAAGAGCGCCCGCUAUCUGAAUGAAGAGGAAGAAGAGGAACUUCUCAACGAUCUGGUCGAUUAA